AACAACACAUUCAUCAUUUUUCCAAGCCGCUUCCAGAACGAUUAAUGAUAAUCAACUUUUUGAAGGAGUUAAUAUUUAGUCAGCAAAAAAUGACCGAUCAGGGAAAUAUAAAAAUGGAGUUUGCUGCCCAAAUUCGGAGUGACGAUUGUGCUAACGCGAUAAGAAAAUCCUUAGGUGAUGUGGGCGAAGUAGAGAUUGAUGUUGGGAAGGGAAGCGUCUUGGUUGAAACGGCACUUCCGUGGCUUGAGAUUCACAAACGCAUCGAAGCAACCGGACGAAGGGCCGUCCUGACUGGCUUUGGAGGUCAAUCCGCAGUAGCAAUGGUUGCCCACGGCAAUGAAUCUACCGGCGUGCAAGGUGUGGUUCGAUUCUGCGCCAUCUCCGCGACCAGUGUUUCGAGCAGUGGGGCCGUUGUUGACGGGACGAUCGACGGGCUAUCGGAAAACGGGCAUUACCGAUUGAAUAUACACGAAUGCGGGGACAUCUCCCAGGGAUGUGAUUCAGUGGGGGAUAUUUACGAUUCUGCCGAAAUCAGCUCCGAUUCCAGUGGAAGGGCUACGAUACGGUUUGUCAACAACCGACUCGACGUGGGAAAUCUUAUUGGCCGUUCAGUGGUGGUUGCGGAAUCGUCAGACAGCGGUAGGCGUCUCAGCUGUGGCAUCAUCGCCAGGUCGGCAGGUAUCUUCGAGAACUAUAAAAAAAUAUGCGCCUGCGAUGGUGUGACAAUUUGGGACGAACGGAACAAAUCGAUAGUGAAGGAGCAACGGCGAGAUCAAAAACAAUCUGCAUUAUGAAUGCUUAUGAUUUAUGCUUUAUUUAACAGCGCUAAAGCGCUAAUACUUUUGAAUGUGAGAAUACAAUUCCAGCACGACACGGUACAGGUAUGGGGCGCAAGAACGGGUGAAUAAAUAGAAUA